CACUACCGUACGAUAAGGUUACCAUACAGAUAGACUGGUAGAGAUCACGUGAAUAAUGGUUACAACAGGAGUAACCCUCGAGGACAUAUACAAGCUGAUCAAGGAGGGUAAUCAAGAACUCAAGGGACAAAUUAAUAGCUUGAGCGAGACUGUUAGUGAAGCCAAAAGAGAAAUAAACAACAUCAAUAAUAAGUAUAGAGAUAUCGAGAAGGAAAACUCAUUAUUGAAAAGCAAAAUCCUUAAUCUAGAGAAUAAGCUGAAAAAAUAUAACAUAGUCAUCUAUGGGGUAAAGGAAAGUGAUAAGGGGCCUAUGGAAGAUACUUUAAGCACUAUCGAAGGAAAAUUAGAAUUUCAAACUUCCCCAAGUGCCGAUAAAAAUACCAAAGAACAACUGAUCCCUCAAGAUACGAAAAGAGGGGAAAAUAGACUGCAAUAUGAACCAAGCAGGGUCAACAAGUUAGUUCCAGCAGGCCCAUCUAAAAGUACUCCUACGUCUUCACACAAAGGGCCUAAACUACGCAGUACUUCAAAGUAA